AUGGCAACACAAACCCUAGCAACCUGGUCCAAAAACCUAACCUUCUCCUCUCUCCCCACAGAAGUGAUAUCCGCCGCAACCCGCAGCUUUUACAACUGGGCCGGCUGCACAGUAGGUGGCAGCGCUCACCCCGCAACAAUCAUAGCUCGCAAAGCACUAUCACGGUUCUCAGGGCCUCCAACGUCCAGAUUACUAGGUUCAGAUGGUGUGGAUGUGGAUGCUAUGCAUGCGGCAUUGUUCAAUGGUAUUGCUUCUCAUGUGCAUGAUUAUGAUGAUACGCAUCUUGAUACGAUUAUUCAUCCUACUGGGCCUGUAGCGUCUGCUUUGUUGGCUAUGGUUGAGUCGUUGGAGAGGCCUGUUUCUGGGGAAGAGUUUAUCACGGCGCUUACUGCGGGUGUGGAAGCGGAGUGUAAGGUUGGUUUGGGGGUUUGGCCUGAUCAUUACGAUGUUGGAUGGCAUAUUACAAGUUCAACUGGUUCCAUUGGUGCUGCUGUUGCUGUUUCAAAGCUACUAGGAUUGAGCGCUACGCAAACCGCACAUGCUAUUGGUCUUGCCGCGACACAGGUUACAGGACUACGCGAGAUGUUUGGCUCACAUACUAAAUCCUUUCAUCCGGGACGAGCUGCGCAGAAUGGUCUUUUGGCUGCAAUCCUAGCGGAAGAAGAUUAUACUAGUUCAACCCAUGCAUUGGAAGCGAAGCGUGGCUGGGCAAAUGUGGUUAGUACUUCGAAUAAACUUGAUGAACAGAUUGGUAGUCUUGCGCCAAGUGGACGGUGGGAGAUAGUGCAGAAUGCGUUUAAGCCGUUUCCAUGCGGGAUUGUGGUUCACCCGGUGAUUGAUGGAUGCGUGCUGUUGCAUGGGGAGCUGGAAAAGGCUGGAUUGUCGGUUGAUCGGAUUGUGGAGGUGCAUGUGGAGGUUCAUCCGUUGGUCCUUGAGUUGACGGGGAAGACUGCGCCGAGGGAUGGGUUGGAGGGGAAGUUUAGUGUUUAUCAUGGGGGUGCUAUUGGGUUGUUGUUUGGGAAGGCUACGCCGGCGCAGUAUGGGGAUGGGGUUGUUGUUGAUCCUAGAGUUGUGGGUGUCCGGGAUCGGAUACGUGCGAAGGUUAAUUCGGAAUUUCGGGCUGAUGAAUGCCAUGUUACUGUUUUGCUUGAGAAGGAGGGUGGGGAACAUGUCACGAUUGAGAAGCAUGUGGAUCAUGCGGUGGGGAGCUUGGAGCGACCCAUGACUGAUGCCCAGUUGGUUGAGAAGUUUGUCGAUCAGUGUAUACCUGUACUGGGACGGGAGAGGACUGAUGAGGCGAGUCGAUGGUGUUGGGAUCUUGAGAAACAGCAGGAUAUUCGUCAGAUCAAGACAGUUCUGUAA